AUGAAGAUUUGGACCGCUCUUUUGGCUGUCGCAGGGUUAGCCUCGGCAACCUCGAUCCAUCACAACAGACACACCAGGCUUCGACGGGAUGUUUGCUCUGGAAACACUGCCAGUGAUAGACAGAGCUGGUGCAAUUACGACGUGAGCACCAACUACUAUGAUGUCGUUCCGACUACGGGUGUGACCAAAGAGUAUUACCUUAACAUCGAAGAUGUUACAGUUGCUCCCGAUGGCUAUUCUCGUGCAGCAAUGGCAAUCAACGGGUCAAUUCCAGGCCCUACCAUUGAGGCCAACUGGGGUGAUAAUGUUGUCGUUCAUGUCACCAACAGUCUGACCUCAGUGAAUGGGUCUAGCAUUCAUUUCCACGGCAUCCGCCAGAACUAUACCAAUCAGAACGAUGGUGUAGUCUCCAUCACCCAGUGCCCUACUGCUCCAGGACAGACAACGACGUAUAAGUGGAGAGCUACACAAUAUGGUACAUCAUGGUACCAUUCUCACAUCGGGUUGCAAGCCUAUGAAGGUGUCUUCGGUGGAAUCGUGAUCAACGGACCUGCCACUGAGAACUAUGAUGUUGACAAAGGAGUUUUGUUCCUCAAUGAUUGGAGUCACCAGACUGUUGAUGAGCUCUACGACACUGCCCAGGCUAGUGGCCCGCCUACAUUGGACAAUGGCCUCAUCAACGGCACCAAUGUGUAUGGAGAUGAUGAUUCAACCAGCCAAACAGGCUAUCGUUUCAACACAUCAUUCACUGCAGGCACUUCUUAUCGCUUGCGUCUCAUCAACGCUGCGGUUGACACUCACUUCAAGUUCUCAAUUGACAAUCAUACUCUGACGGUCAUGGCUAUGGACUUGGUACCUAUCGAGCCAUUUAACACCACUGUCUUGAGCAUCGGCAUGGGCCAGCGGUACGAUAUUGUGGUCAACGCGGAUCAAUCCACAGGAAACGACAGUUUCUGGAUGCGUGCAAUCCCCCAAGCCGCCUGCUCCGACAACGACAGCACAGACAACAUCAAAGGAAUUGUUUAUUACGGCAGCACAGCCUCCACACCCAGCACGACCGCAUACACGUACACCGAUGAUUGUGACGAUGAGGAUGUCUCCGAUCUCGUCCCGUACCUUGCCCAAAGCGCAUCGUCACCAUACUACAACUCCAGCGAGCCAGUCACACUAGGCACAAAUUCUGAGAGUCUCUUCCGCUGGAAGAUGAACGGGACAUCGAUGCAGGUAUACUGGGAUAACCCGACACUGCUGCAAGUCUGGAACAACGACACAUCAUUCACCAACGAGAGCGGCGUGGUUGUACUCCCGCGCGCAAAUCAGUGGUCUUACGUUGUCAUCGAAACUACACUGGCUGUCCCACAUCCUAUCCACUUGCACGGCCAUGACUUCUUUAUUCUCGCACAGGGAACGGGGACGUACAGCUCCUCUGAUAUCACGAGUUUGACGAACCCUCCCCGUCGGGAUGUGGCUAUGCUCCCUGCAUCUGGGUACCUUGUUGUUGCGUUCAAGACUGAUAAUCCCGGCGCUUGGCUAAUGCAUUGCCAUAUUGGAUGGCAUACUGAGGAGGGAUUUGCUAUUCAGUUCUUGGAGAGGUAUUCAGAGGCGCGGAAGUUGAUUGAUUAUGAUACUUUGAAUUCCACUUGUGAGGCAUGGAAUGCAUAUGUCACGGAGACUUCGCUUGAGCAGGAAGAUGAUGGAAUAUAG